GUCCCCCCGCCUGCCUGCUGCUGCUGCUGGCCCUGCCCGCCGCGGCGCCCAGCUGCCCCAUGCUGUGCACCUGCUACGCGUCCCCGCCCACCGUGAGCUGCCAGGCCAACAACUUCUCGUCCGUGCCGCUGUCCCUGCCGCCCGGCACGCAGCGCCUCUUCCUGCAGAACAACCUCAUCCGCACGCUGCGGCCCGGCACCUUCGGGCCCAACCUGCUCACGCUGUGGCUCUUUGCCAACAACCUCUCCACCAUCUACCCGGGCACCUUCCGCCACCUGCAGGCCCUGGAGGAGCUGGACCUGGGCGACAACCGGCACCUGCGCUCGCUGGAGCCCGACACCUUCCAGGGCCUGGAGCGCCUGCAGUCGCUGCACCUGUACCGCUGCCAGCUCAGCAGCCUGCCCGGCACCAUCUUCCGCGGCCUGGUCAGCCUGCAGUACCUCUACCUCCAGGACAACAGCCUGCUGCACCUCCAGGUGAGCGCCGUCCGCCCCGGGGCCCGGAGCCUUGCUGCCUCAGCCUCCCCGGCCCUCGCUUCCCUGCUCCUUUCCUGGCGACCGGUGGUUCGCUGUGCUGGUGGAAGGCUGCUCCUCCGAGCCCGUUUCCUCAUCCGUCAGCUACGGAUAACGAAAGCCCUGCCUGCCCCGGGGGCUGAGGGGGACCCAGCCGUCGCCCCGUGCCAAGUAGGCAAUGCAGGCAAGCAGGAGCCGGCCUCAGGCACCGGCUCCACCCCCAGCGUGAAGGGCUGUGGGCACCCUGGCCGGGCAGCGGAAGGAGGUAGCGGGGCUGUGAGCACCGGGCAGGCGAGGGACUCGUGCGCAGGGCUGCGACCGAGGCAAGCGUGUGCCCCACCCGCUGCAGCCGGCCUGGCCGUCAGGCGCCGCUCGGAGGAGGUGACAGGGAGGCGGCUGUCAGUCACCGGCGUUGGCUGCAUGGCCCGCAGCUGCCCCGCCGGUGCCCAGCUCUGGGUGGCCACUGUAGUUAUGGUUCUCACAGGCUCAGCUAAGGCAGGCAGAGGCUACCAGCUGUCAGGGCCACAGCCCAGCCUGGCCACGGCUCUGCUUCUGAGGGCCACGGCCUGGUGGCCGCUGGCCCUGUCCCUCCCACCGGCCUCUCCUGAGAGCCAAACGGGGCCAGCAGGCCAGCGGGUCGGGUUGCCAUGCAUCUUUAAUGCGGCCGGCCCGUCAGAUGUUCCGAAACCCGAGCGGCGCGGGGCGCCGGCCCUGCACCGUGUCCUUGCGCGCCCGCCCGUGGCCUGGGGACAGCAGGCGGCCGGCAGCCGGGACAGCUACCCAGGGCCUCCCGGGGGGCCUGUUAUCCCGCUGACCGGCUUUAACCCAUGCGACCCGGUGGCCACGAUCCCUGCAGCCGCGCAGACCUCGGUGGAGCGCGGGGGGCGCACGCCAGGGCUGCGCACUGCGCAAAGGGGUGUCAGCGAGCCCGCGCCUGCCCGCCCCGCUCGCUGGAGGAGACGGGAGGGGGGCUUCUCCCGGGAGACUCGGGGCGUCGAAAUUCCUCGUUCCUCAUCCUCUGGCCCCCGCACCCCUCCUCCUCCCAGCCAUCUGUUCCCCUCGGCAGCGCCGCGACAAACACGGCUCCACGCUUCCGCCGCCCGCCCUCCCCACUCCCGGCCCCAGGGUGGGAGCAAGCAAAGGCCUCGUCCCGCCGGGCUCCAGCCGGGCGGGCGGGGCGCGGACUCGGUGCCGGAGCCGGGUCGUGGGGUCCCCCUCUCCCCGCAGCGCCACCUGCCGGACGCUCUGCCCCCCAGCUGCUGGUCACGCGUCCCAGACCGCGGGGACAGCCAGGGACAGACAGGGCCCGCACGCCCGGCCAGCGGCCGCCGAGUCAGCGGGAGUCGCGGGUGA